CUUCUUCCAUUAUUUGAACCUAUUUUGGAGUUUACUUUUUCCUUGGUCCCCCUUCUUUUCCUUUUGUGGUAGGGUGUUAAUGGGUGCCAAACUAUCCAGUGCCAAGUCACAUUCCCGUCGUACAUCAUCCACCAAGAGCAAAACCGACAGUGUAUCCUCGAACACGGCUUACAACGUUCCGAUGCUUUUCCCAAAACAAAAGACUUACGACCGAGGAGAUUCUGACUAUUGGUACCCCAUUGACGAUGAUGAGAUUGAUCGCCUAGUUGGCCUCCAUUUCGCUGUCAAGACAUUAUUUGGUGGAAAUAUACCCUACCAUGAACAACUUCUUUCCCAGUAUCCUUCAAAUAAAGGUGCCAAAGUACUAGAUCUCGGCUGCGGUCCCGGUACAUGGGUGAUGGAACUUGCAACAGAAUAUCCAUCGAGUGAAUUUGUAGGAAUAGACAUUUGCGAUGUGUUUCCUACCAAUAUACGCCCUCCUAAUGCGACUUUUCAACUUGGAAAUGUGACCCACAAACUUCCGUUCGAAGAUAACACUUUUGACUUUAUCCAACUACGUCUAUUUAUCAUCUCUAUUCAGAGGGAUCAGUGGACCAAAGUCAUGGCAGAAGUGAUACGAGUUCUCAAACCAGGUGGAUUUAUUCAGUGUAUUGAACCCACCAUCAUGACUCAAGGAACGCCUUUGGUACGCCAAGUAGCCGAUAUUUUCAGGGACAUGAUUACAAGUCAGGGACAGGAGCCGUCUAUUGCCGAUAAGCUGGAUGAAUACCUUGCCGAAUCCGGGUUCCGUGUUUUGCACGACGAGACAAAAUCAGUGUUCCUGGGUCGCCCGGGUGGAGUUAACGAUGAAUUCAUAUGGGUCCUUCGUAGCAUGCUUCAGAGCGGCGAGGCUUUUUUUCUGGACCGCAUGGGAAUGAACUCUGAAGAUUACCCAGCAUUUGUAGACUCCUUCUGCGAACAACUUCACUUUCCUCACGAAGAAACCGAGUGGUCUUUUGUGUAUGUCCUUGGCCAGAAGCCUCCUAUUUUAUAAACCCCGUUACAUUUUGUCAUCCCAUAUACCUCUAUAUUCAUCACCACAACCAAAAAAGAAAAAGAAAAAGUUUAAAAAAUAAUAAUAAUACAAUUAUUACCUCGCAUGACUUUACAGAACUACAAACAAACGGCAAAGAGCAGUAAAUGCUCCAAAAAAGAAAACCAGAUCUUCUGUUUCAAUAUUUUCACUACUUUUCUUGACGCCUUGAACUAUUAUACAUUCACACUCACACUCAGAAAAACACAGAUUCCUUAUACAUAUAUAAAGGUCCCAGUUAAUGAUAAUAAUCUUUUUUUUUAAAAAAAAAAUAUAAAAUAAAAAUAAAAUAAACAG